AUGGCCACCAAGUUGCCACAUUCAACCGGCUCCUUCUGUAUCGAAGCUCUCUUAGCUAGAGACAAUCCUAGAACACACUUGGUCGACAAAAUCGGUGCUGUCCGUCAGGAAUUAUCCAUACCAUUUACUCCACAUUUAUUAUCUCAUCAUCUGAAUGUCCCAGUCAUAUCGACGCAUCCGAUUUAUGCUGUUUCAUCUAUCCUUCCUGUUUCUGGAAGCGCGUUCCAUCCUCCUCUUCCAGAACCUUCAGAUUGGACAGCGCGGGCGGGGUUGUACUACUCCAGACCUGGAGACUUACCAGGUCAAACACCUCUUUUAGGCAAAACUCGUCGACCGCGAACUGCGUUUACAAGUCAACAACUUUUAGAAUUGGAAAAUCAAUUCAGAAUGAAUAAAUAUCUUUCCAGGCCGAAACGUUUCGAAGUAGCAACUAGCUUAAUGUUGACCGAAACUCAG